GGCUCAUCUCGUGACUUGUCAAAUGAAUUGUCAAUGUCAAAUAUUCCGAGUCGGCAAUCAGCUGUCAAAUACGUCAAAUUUGUACUGUUGUCGUUGUUUUUUUUGUAAUUUUUCGGUAAACUGUGAAAUGAAUGUUGUAAAACGAAUAUUAUUUAUGUAAGGAAAAGCCUUAGCAGUAGAAUACGUACAAAAUGACAUUCCUUGAAGAUACGUUGAUAAUAUUAAUUUCACAAAUAGUCUUCUUCGUUGGAGGCUGGAUAUUCUUCGUGAAGCAAUUAUUCCGAGACUAUGAAGUCCACCACCUGCUGGUUCAGCUUAUAUUCUCUGUCACCUUUGCACUAAGUUGCACAAUGUUCGAGCUAAUCAUAUUUGAAAUCAUUGACUAUUUGGACUCAAGCUCCAGAUAUUUCCACUGGAACUUGGGUCUCUACUCGUUACUGUUCAUGGUGAUAGCCUUGAUACCAUUCUACAUUGCAUAUUUUUGUAUCAGUAAUAUUAGAUUUGUCUCACAAAAUAUGAUAAGGCCGCUAACCAUAUUUGUGUGGUUUGUUUAUUUGUAUUUCUUCUGGAAAAUUGGCGACCCGUUCCCAAUUUUGAGUCCAAAACAGGGAAUAUUUUCAAUAGAACAAGGCGUGUCUCGUAUUGGAGUGAUCGGAGUCACAGUGAUGGCUCUCCUCUCCGGAUUUGGUGCUGUCAACUAUCCAUAUACUUCUAUGGCUAUAUUUAUAAGGCCAGUAACACAAUCAGAUGUCCUAUCAAUAGAGAAGAAACUCCUACAAAAUAUGGACAUGAUAUUGGUGAAAAAGAAAAGGAUAGCGCUAGCCGAAGCCAAUAGUGUGGGAGCGAGACAACAAUACAAUAUGUUGGACCAAUCCAAUGUUAAGAAUAGAGGCGGAUUCUGGACAAAUAUUUUGUCCAGUGUUGGUAGUAUUGCUAAUCCUUUAGGACAUGGGAGUGAAAACAUACACCAACUUCGCCAAGAAAUAGCAGGACUUGAGGAGUUGAGUCGCCAGCUGUUCCUAGAAGCUCAUGAUGCAAGAACUAUGAGAGAGAAGAUCGAAUGGUCCAAGACCUUCCAGGGGAAAUACUUCAAUUUCCUCGGAUAUUUCUUCUCGCUGUACUGUGUUUGGAAGAUUUUUAUUUCCACAAUAAACAUAGUAUUCGACCGUGUGGGCAAGAAGGACCCAGUAACCCGUGGGCUUGAGAUAGUGGUCCACUGGCUCGGUUGGAACAUAGAUGUCGCUUUCUGGUCACAACAUGUCUCCUUCAUUCUGGUUGGAUGUAUUGUACUGACUAGUAUUCGAGGAUUACUGCUUACGUUGACUAAGUUCUUCUACAAAAUAUCAUCAUCGAAAUCGUCGAACAUAAUCGUGCUAAUACUCGCUCAAAUAAUGGGCAUGUACUUCUGUUCCUCCGUGCUUCUGAUGAGAAUGAACAUGCCUUCAGAAUACCGCAUCAUCAUUACUCAAGUCCUAGGUGAUCUGCAGUUCAACUUCUACCAUCGAUGGUUUGAUGUCAUCUUUUUAGUAAGUGCUUUAACUAGUAUAUUUACGUUAUAUUUAGCGCAUAAGCAACCGUCAGUAAACUAAGUAAUAAAUAAUAACAGUUGCGCAAUUUGCGCAAACUGUAACUAUUUUGCGCAGGUUGUGUGAAAAGUUUUGCGCAACUGUUUUUUGCAGUGUACAGUGAUUUGCUAUUUUUAAGUUGUUCUGGCUUGUACAAAUUAUGAAUUUUAUAGUUUGACUGGGCCUAAUACUUAAGUGAAACGAACUUUAAUAAUUAUGCCAGGAUAAUGCAUUAUGUUGAGGCUAACGUUCUACAAAAAAUAUGACUUGAGCUUUAGAAAAAUAAACCUUAUGAC